GAAGAGAAUAACUAAUGAGGAUCAACUACCUGACAUUUGUAGCGAGUGUGGUAAACGGCCAAAAGAUGCACAGCAGUCGUCAAAUACGAAAUCACGAGAAUAGCGAUCAGUUGACAAUGUCUGGGCAAUGCAUCGACGUCAACUGCACCUUCAGAAGCGAGGAUGGGUUAUGCCAGUAGCUCAACCCAGCCCAGCCCGGCUCGGCUGAGUUAGUACCUACCCACUCAGCGUCACCGGUGACGAUGGUAGAGGUCUAGACUCUAUGAGGACCAGGCACAGUGUCAUAGCCAGAGCCAGAGCCAUAGCCAUAGUCAUGGACUUGGCCAUGGACCUUCUCCAACAUCUCGAUGCACUUUCCGAUGUCUGCGGUCGUUAGCGAAAACCGACCAGUGAAAUCCUUUUCUGGGGCGUUUGUCUUGAAUCGGAGACGAAAGAAAAUAAGGCGGGCGGGAGGGGGAGACGGAAGCCUCCAAUAUGCUUGUGUUUGAUCAUGGCAACCAAGACUUGGUUCCACGCAUCGAAGCCUUAGCAAGCCAUCGCGCCUCAACACCAAACAAACUCUUUCUCAUCCUGGACCCGUGCAUCGCGCAUCGGCUACAGCAUCGAUCAUGCAAAAGACGGUUGCUUGUGAAAUGGCCAAGGCUCGCCAACAACGCAUGCACAUACGCAUAUGUGUUGCUUAACAUUAGCGAGGAGGGUCCAGAUCAAUCGAGUCGAGGCCGACAAACGUUGAUAUUGGCGCAUCGUCGAUGCUAUCAAGAAGCCAUCGUGAUGACGGGUAGACGAAAGCCACAACAAAAAACAAAAAAACAACCCGGAAGCGAUCAAUAUCUCUUGCAUCUGAUGAUCGAAUUUGAAACGCCAAGAAGAAACAAACAAACAAACAAACAAACAAACAAACAAACAAACAAAAAUGACAGUCGAUAAUGAAUCCGUGAGGCGCUCACUGUAUUCCGUCUGUAUAUUCGGCUUGAUUUAUGAAAGCAAACUGCCGACGACGAGAUACAGUCCAUCGCACCGAUCCAGAGGCCUAGUUCAAAGUACUCAGCGAUCUCAGCAGUACGUACCUUUCCGUUUCACCAAUCUGACAGCUCGUUCCUAGACUAAAGUGGAGAUCCUGGUCGAUGAGUACCGAUCUUGUGCCUCGAGACUGUUGCUGGCGAUCUCUUCAACUGCUCGGGGACCAUGAGAAUCGAGCACUUUGAACCAAUCGAAGAAGACCCUACGAAUUGGGUUCCUUUACCCCUACCCAUACGUAUUACGCAUACACCUGACUUGUGGUAUUCAGACCCCUGCUUCAAUGCCGUUCAAUGACUGUUGGGGCUGUUUGUCGAAGCAAAUAUGAGGCUGUAUUGCAAGCCCUCAGGACUCAAGAAAAGGUGCAAAUCAUGCUCAAAUACAACCAUUCAUCCACGAGAAUGUCCUCUCCUCAUGCUCAGUGAGAUGCGCGCUACUUGAACUCCCAAAAACCAACAGCUGCAGUUCAACACCAUAAACAACACAGCACUAGUUACAUACAGUACUUGGACAAGAAUAGCUAUACUCACACCAGAUCGUCAUCACCCACACCCCCAAAGCAUCGCCGCCUCUGUCAAUUCCUUUUCAGGGUCCAUCACGAUUUGCCUUCGCAUUUGGAAGUCAUUGAAAGCUCCGCCCGCACAGUUAUUCCCUGACAAGUCUGACUGUCUUCUGGGGCCUCAUCUGGGAUAACUAUCCAGCCGCAUCCUGGACGAUCCACGAGUUCCUCCUUACUUACCUGCUAGUCCAUUCAUCCCUCAAACUUGCAACCUAUCCGCUUCUAACUUUUCUAUCCGACUGAUACCUGACGACUCCAACAUCUUGCAACGCUGCUAACUGACUCCGUCAUACUGACCGCGUUUAUUCUGGUGCUACCUCAGCUGGGGACACAGGGGCCCGGGUCUAUAUAUCACCUUACUCAUAUCUCCUGUUAUCCUCGACAUGACAGCUUCCAUGCGUGCCAUCUCUUCAACACUACCUCUGGGCUUUCCAACAUCUCGCUCGCCCUCUCCUCACUGCUCAGCCAUGGCGUCCAAGACAGUUCCAGCUAUGAAUCCCUGGGAGGUCAAUGCUCUCAAUUAUGAGUUUCCUCAAGAAGGCUCCUUCAACGUUGACGGCACAGUAAACUCUGCAGGUACUUGGCGUCGAGUUCAGGACCCCGUCAUCUACCCCGGGCUCUACGCGCCCAGUGGGAUCGACAUCAUGUCCAUCUUGUUCCGUGUCAUGGGCCGACCAAACCCUCAAGUUGUUCUUGGUCCAGUGGACUGUUCUGUCGCCCUUGUCGUGUGCGAUAUGGGCCAGGCCGACGCCCCCGUUAUCUAUGUUUCUGAAUCGUUCUCCGAGCUCACUGGAUAUACAGCCCGUGAAGUUCUUGGGCGAAAUUGCCGCUUCCUCCAAGCACCGCCAGGGCAUGAAAGAUCUCUCGACAGGAAGGGGACGGACAAGGUCGCUUCACACCGCAUGCGACAGGCCGUCUGUGCUGGAAGGGAGAUUCAGAUCCCCGUUACCAACUACAAGAAAUAUGGCCAACCCUUCAACAACUUACUCACCAUAAUCCCCGUCCCUGUCGAUGAAACUGGCUGUCGUUACUGCAUCGGCUUUCUGAGCGAGAUGGAUUGAGUGAACAAGCCAGCCGCGAUCUUGCAGUGUUUGAUAACACCGUCGACGACUUGACAACAUAGUGAUAGUCUCAAUUGUUGAACCGCCAACGACGUCACCAUACAGCGCCGCACAACGAAACAGGGGCUCUCUUCGAUGAAAUUUCACAACGACACCAACUUCUUACACUUAUUGGUAUACGAACCUGGUCUGCCAGCGUCUUGGAGAUUCUUGUCCAACUUGCGCUCACUCCAUUUUGUGGAGAUGCUCACCCAGUUCCGGUAUCUCUUUGCUUUAAGGCAUUUAUGAACAUUUACGAUACCCUUUGCAUUGGCAUAUUAUUCUCUCAGUCAACACAUUCACGGCUCCUCAUAUCAGAAGCACUUCAAGGUGUUCAGGUCUUUUUCUUUACUAGAACAAAUGGUUAAGCGUUGUUAUUCUGUCCCCACUGUUACUGUUUUUGGUCUUUUCUUAUCAUAGUUUGAUGAUUCACGCUCUCAUGUGAAACUUUUGGAUUUUUAGAUUUUUUUUAGCUGGAAAUCAAGCUCGGGCUUGCCUAGUACAGCAACGUGGGCCAGGAAAAGACAGUUUUUUGUUUGUUUAUCAUAGACGUCGCUGUCAGGCACGAGCAUAUCAUGUUGGGCGCAGGAGGAGUACAUACAUACGUACAUUUGAUUUGAUUUGAUUUGAUUGAUUUGCUUGGCAUUGCGUGUCGUUUGACUUGAAGGGCGAAGCAAGAUGGUCACGGGGACCCAAGUCAGAAUACGAUGGGAUACAGUAUCUGACCGCCGCUGUCAGAUCAUGGAUACACAUACUUGUACAUACAUACAAUAUAAACAUUCUGAACCAACAGCAUUUCUUG